UGUAAUAAAGGUUUUAUUCACACUCAUCAUUUAUUUACAUCAUCUCGUUAGUUCGAGUGGAAUUACUCUUGUGUCACCUUUUUUGGUUUCCGGUGUCGUCGUGUGCGCCUGCGCGACGCCCCGCCCACCGCGCGCACACCUUAUGCUAAUGAGCAGGUGCGGCGGGCUCUUGGAGGCGCGCGCCCGGCCGCUCGCAGAUGACCCGGAUGGAGCAGAGCAGGGAGCCGCGGGAGUCCAGCCGGAGGGACCUCACCAGGUGAUGCUGCCCGGACCCGGACCCAUGGAGCCCUGUUCAGCGCGAGGCCGGAAGCGGCCUUUCCCCUGGCUGUCGGUGUGUUUCAUCCUCAUCUACCAAGCGCACCUGUCGUGGGGAGUCGAGCUCCCGGCCUGGGAGACCUUCAACAACAGCCAGAGCAGCAUAAAGAACCAGAAAUGGGACACCGCUUCCCAGGGAGGACAGGACCUCCAGACAGCAGCUGCUGCCGCGGGAACCAACUCGUCUUCCAGCCAACCGGCGGCCAGCCGGACCGAACUGUCCAACCAGACGACCUCGAGCAUGGAGAGGACACCCGCCUCCUCAUGGGUUGUCAGCUCUGACCAAUCAGCUGCAACCACGGCACCACUGAGUCAAACGGCAUCCAGAACUGUGUCAUCCAGCCAAUCACCAGGCGCCACGACACAAACCAGCCAAUCACCAGGCAGCAUGCCACAAACCAGCCAAUCACGAGGCGCCACGACACAAACCAGCCAAUCACCAGGCACCACGACACAAACCAGCCAAUCACCAGGCAGCAUGCCACAAACCAGCCAAUCACCAGGCACCACGACACAAACCAGCCAAUCACCAGGCAGCAUGCCACAAACCAGCCAAUCACGAGGCACCACGACACAAACCAGCCAAUCACCAACAAUCUCAUCCGGAAUAUCAUUAGUCAGCACACCAAAAUCCAGCCAGUUACCAACCAACUCAGUGCCAGUGCACAAAGCCAAAGUUGCAUCUGACAAUUCAUCAGACAAAACCACGACGCCGAGCCAAUCGCCAUCGAGCCAAACGCCGUUAAACCCCAAAACAUCAAACCAAUCAUCCCUGACCUCAACAUCCAAUCAAUCGCCAAACAGUUUAACAGGAGCUAAUCAAUCCAGAAACAGCUCGACAAUAGCACGCCACGUUUCCUCCAGCUUCCCCUCACUAAACCAAUCACGGUCAACACCAUCUGACCAAUCACAGACCAGCUCACCGCCAUCCAACCAAUCAACGUCUGGUUCACCGGUACACGCAGUCAGCGGAGACGAGCGUCCAGCCAACUCUUCCCUGCUCGCCCGGCAGGUGAAGGACGCCCUGAGGUCGUCGUUUCGUAGGAUUCAAGAGCCGUGCGCGCUGCGCUGCCUCAACGGGGGUCAGUGCGCCGCGUGGGAGUCAUGUGACUGCAGCGUGUACCAGGCCACUGGACACAGGUGUCAGACAGUUCCAAACCCCGGCUUCGAGAGGGAGAUGACCUGCCGCUCGUGGGGUCAGUACAACUUCGAGACCUUCGACGGCCUCUACUACCACUUCCCCGGCCGCUGCUCGUACACGCUGCUGAGGGACUGUGAGGAGACCGGCCGGGCCGGCCUCACCGUCCAGGUCCACAAUGACCCGGACUGCGGCUCCGCCCCCUACACCUGCCACCGCUCCGUCAGCCUCUUCUUCCCGUGGGACGGCGAGCUCCGGCUGCACGCCGACAACGUGACCUUCAAGGGUCAAAGCCUGCAGCUGCCGCAUCGCAUCCACGACCUGCAGGUGGAGCGCAUCUCGCAGUACGUGCUGGUGACGCAGCAGCGCGGCUUCACGCUGGCGUGGGAGGGCCGCGGCGGCUCCGUCUACGUCAAGCUCAGCCCGGAGUUCGUGGGCCGGACCUGCGGCCUGUGCGGGAACUUCAACGCCGACGUCCAGGACGACCUGAAGACCAGCUACGGUGUGCUGACUGACGAUGUGGAGAUGUUUGGGAACAGCUGGGUGGAGGCCGAGCCCCACGAAGCCCGAUGUCCCAUGGUGCACUCUGGCUUCUCUUCGCCCUGCGCCGCAGUGGAAGCUCACGUCCUGCAGGAAGUGGAGGACGUGUGUGCGAUGCUGCUGGAUCCGCCGUUUCAGAGCUGCCACGACUUCGUCAGCCCGCUGUCCUACAUGGCGAGCUGCUCCAACGACCUCUGCAUGUCGGGUCCCAGCGGCGAGGAGGUAUGCCAGGUGUUCAGCGAGUACGCCCGGGCCUGCGCCCACGCCGACCACCCACUGCACGACUGGAGGCGGCACAUUCCUCAGUGCGAGAAGCGGUGUCCUCCAGGUCUGCAGUACAGGGAAUGCAUCAGCUGCUGCCCGGCCUCCUGCGACCUGGAGCGAACGUGCAUCGACAGCAAGCUGGCCUGCCUGGACGGAUGCUACUGCCCCGAUGAUCUGAUUUUCGAGGACGGAGGCUGCGUGGCGCCCUCCGACUGUCGCUGCGAGUACCGCGGCCUGUUUUACCCGUCUGGACAGACGCUGCAGGAGGAGUGCCGCAGCUGCACAUGCGAGGGCGGAGCGUGGAACUGCACCGCCUACAGCUGCCCAGGCGAGUGCUCGGUGACCGGCGACAUGCACUUCCACUCCUUCGACGGGCGGCUCUACACCUUCGCUGCCACGUGCCAGUACGUCCUCGCCAAGAGCCGCAACUCGGGGAAGUUCACGGUGACCGUCCAGAACGCCCCCUGUGGAGCCAACCUGGACGGCGCCUGCAUGCAGUCGGUCAGCCUGGUUAUUGACGAGGACCCGAGAACGGAGAUCACACUGAGCCACGUUGGCGAGGUCUUCAUGGCCGGACAGUACCGCAUCGCCCUGCCGUAUUCUGACGACGUCUUCAACAUCCAGGAGCUGUCGUCCGCGUUCCUCCAGGUGAAGACGGCGUUUGGCCUGCGCCUGCAGUACAGCUGGAGGGAGUUCCGUCUCUACCUGCAGGCCGACGAGCUGUGGAGGGACGGCACGGCGGGCCUGUGCGGCACCUUCAACGGCAACAUCCAGGACGACUUCCUAUCUCCGUCCGGCAUGAUCGAAAGCACGCCGCAGUUGUUCGGAAACGCCUGGAGAGUCUCGUCGGCGUGCUCCAUGAGCCUGAGCGUCCCCCCGCUCGACCCCUGUGACGCUCACCAGCAGGCCGCGGCCUACGCCUCCGAGAUGUGCGACGUGCUGAUCCGGGAUCUGUUCUCCGGCUGCCACGAGCACCUGAGCCCGGCGCCCUUCCAGCAGCAGUGUCGCGCCGACACCUGCAAGUGCGGGACGCCGUGCCUCUGCUCCGCGCUCGCCCACUACGCCCACCACUGCCGACGCUUCAACGUCAUCGUGGACUUCCGGUCGCACAUCGCCGACUGCGGUGAGAACAGAGCGACGGGUCCGGGAGGCGGAGCCUGGGAGGCGGAGCUCGGGAGGCGGAGCCUGGGAGGUGGAGCCUGGGAGGUGGAGCCUGGGAGGUGGAGCCCGGGAGGUGGAGCCUGGGAGGUGGAGCCUGGGAGGCGGAGCCCGGGAGGUGGAGCCUGGGAGGUGGAGCCUGGGAGGCGGAGCCCGGGAGGCGGAGCCUGGGAGGCGGAGCUCGGGAGGCGGAGCCUGGGAGCCGUCACCUGCCCCGCCACCAUGCGCUACGGCACCUGCGUGUCGUCCUGCCGCCGCCGUUGCUCCGCCCUCUCCGUCCCGCCGCACUGCGGGGAGGAGUGCGAGGAGGGCUGCGUGUGCCCGCCGGAGACCUUCUACAACCACCGGACUCACACCUGCGUGCACAGGAGCGAGUGUCCCUGCAGUUUCCUCGGAGCUGAUUACGAACCGGGAGACGUGAUCAUGACCUCGGCAGACACGCUGUGUCCGGCCGGUCAGCUCUACCAGAACUGCUCCGAGGGCGGCGAUGGCUUCCUGUCGGGGAGGGGCGUGGCCUGCGAGCAUACCUGCGAAUCCUUCCUGCUCAACCUCACCUGCUCGUCCCACGAGCCCUGCGUCACCGGAUGUGCCUGCCCCCCUGGCUCGCUGAAGCACGGAGACGAGUGCUUUGAACCCGCUUCCUGCCCCUGCCUGUGGAAAGGAAAGGAGUAUUACCCCGGAGACAGAGUCUCCUCCCCCUGCCACCAGUGCGUUUGCCACCAGGGGGCGUUCCAGUGCGAGUUCCGUGCGUGCCCGUCCAUGUGCACGGCCUACGGGGACCGGCACUACCGGACGUUUGACGGGCUGACGUUCGACUACGUGGGAGCGUGUCGAGUUUACCUGGUGAAGAGCGGCGGCGAGGAGCUGCUCAGCGUCGCCACCGAGAACGUGGACUGCUUCCACAGCGGCGUGACCUGCAGGAAGUCUCUGCUCAUCACCGUCGGCGGGACCUUCGUCGCCUUCGACGAAGACUCCGGGACGCCGAGUCCGGCCAGCGUGCUGGACAGGAAGCAGCGGAUGUUCAUCUGGCCGGCCGGAUACUUCACGGUGGUUCAUUUCCCCGACGACGACGUCACCGUCCUCUGGGACCGCAAGACCACCGUGCACGUGCAGGUCGGGCCGCGCUGGCAGGGCAAGCUCAGCGGCUUGUGCGGGAACUUCGACGCCAAGACGGUGAACGAGAUGCGGACGCCGGACAACGUGGACGCCGCGACGCCGCAGGAGUUCGGGAACAGCUGGACGGCGGCGGAGUGUGUGAACAGCCCAGACAUCAGACACCCCUGCAGCCUCAGUCCGCUCAGGGAGCCCUUUGCAAAGCGUCAGUGUGGGGUCCUGCUCAGCGAGGUCUUCCAGGCCUGCCACCCGGUGGUGGACGUCACCUGGUUCUACAUGAACUGCCUGGCCGAUACCUGCGCCUGCAGCCAGGGCGGCGACUGCGAGUGCUUCUGCACCAGCGUGGCGGCGUACGGCCAGCGCUGCUGCCACCACGGCGUGCCGGUCGACUGGCGCUCCCCGUCCCUGUGCCCGUAUGAUUGUGAAUACUACAACAAAGUUCUGGGUAAAGGUCCCUUCAGGCUGGCCCCCUUCAGGGACCGCACCGCGCUGUUGGCGGCCAGCGGCGCCAGCGGCUCCGUGUUCCUGCAGCGCGGAAACUUCAGCGCCGCCGGCGCCGGAGUCCUGAUGCAGUUCAUGGUGACGCCGGGCCUCAGCAGAGCCCGCCCGCACGACACAUCGCGGGUUUCCUUCGAGGCGGCCGACAGACCGAACUACUUCCUGUCCGCGAGCCCCGGCGGCCAGGUGCGGCUGGCCAAGUGGGAGGAGAGCGAUGCAUUCUGGGACGGCGCCACCUUCGUCCUGCACAGGAACACCUGGAGCUCCGGCUACGACGCGCUGGAGUCCCACGCCAAGCCGGGCUUCUUCCUGCACGCCACGCCGCUCCGCCUGCACCUGCUCAAGUACCGGCACGCCGACAGCUUCCGCAAGGCCACGCUGUUCAGGCUCACAGGCCCCAGCGCGGACGCCCUGCCGGGUCCUCGGUGUCAGUGGAGGUACGAUUCCUGCGUCGUCCCCUGCUUCAGGACCUGCAGCGACCCGUCCGCCGAAGCCUGCGUCGCCAUCCCACAAGUGGAGGGCUGCCUUCCUGUGUGCCCCCCCCACAUGGUCCUGGACGAGGUCACUCGCCGCUGCGUCUUCACUGAAGACUGCAUUAAGGGCCCCGUGGCUGUGGAGCCUGUCACACCGUCCUCUGCUUCUGUGACUUCUGCAACCACCACAAGCACCGCUGCCUCCACCAGCCUCCUCCAGACCACCCCCACCACCGGAUCCUCCACCCUUCCCGCCAGUAAAACCACCACCACGAGUCCCGUCGUCAGCACCUCGUCUGGAGCACCGCCGGCCCCUGAAGAGCUGACCCAUCCGGCCGCUGAACCUUCCAGGACAUCAGGACCCCCGUCUCCUCCGACAGCGCCCCCUGCUGUCAGGCCGGAGGUGGAGGAGUCGCUGUCUCCCGUCAGAGCGACUGAAGCUCCGCCCGCCGCCGCGAGCUCCACCGCCGGCGCCAUCACGUCCAGAACGAGCGGCGCUCCUGCCGCCGUCACGGCGCUCUUCUGGGUCACCUCCAUCAAGCCCACCGAGCUCCUGCAGCCGCUCUCCUCCACCUCUGCUGCCGCAACCCUGCAGACACCGACCGCAAGCUCCGUCCAUGGGCCCGCCUCCAUCGCAGAGAGCUCCACCCAACCUGCGUCGACCGUUCGUACCUCCCAGCCGUGGCACUUGGACACCUCCUCCGCCUCGGUCUACACCGGGAAGACGCUCCCAGAGGUCACCUCCAAAACCGUCGUCCUUGAAGUCACUUCCACGAAAGCUACCGAAGCGCCUCUCCUUCCCGUCACAUCAACGGCGUUCGUCACCUCCGUGACUUCGGCUCCCGCCGCAGUCACCACGACCACGACAACUACAACGCUUCCUGAAAUCUCAACCGCAGAAAUUGCGACCACGACGAGCAGGAUUGACCUGGCUACUCCCUCGCCGCCGCCUGCGCCUGGUGUUCCUGAGACACUUCUCACCACCAGCUCUACAAGAGCUCCACCGGGCGUCGUCACCACGACGCUCAGACCCGUCGCCGUGCAGCCGGUUACAGAGACGACGCAGCCGGCGACGGGCAGAGCGGAGGUUACGACAACAGCUACGACCCCACCGCCUCCAUCUGGGUCUCCGCCGCACUCGACUACUACCUCCUCCGCAGUUCCAAGGCCGACCACCGUCCAGGACGUCGUCACCACUCGUUUGGCGUCCGCUGAAAGAUCUACGCCCGCUAAAAUGACCACCACCGUUGCACCGACGACUGACAUCGGAUCGACGCCCAGGGUUGCCGUGACAACAGGAGUUACCCCCACAACCACGUCGACUGAGAGGUCGACCGUCAGGCCGGUCACCGAAAGGGUUACCAUAGUAACAAGACCCCCGGCACCAACGACCAGCUCGACUACCCUCGGCCCACCGACCGGCCUGUCAAGUCCUGGAUCAACAACCACGGCAUCCGUCGGGUCGGUCGCCACAACCACAACCGCGGCGGUACCGCCCGGCCUCGCCGCCGUAAGCGUCCCGGCGCCUGUUCCCACUCUCACGACAGUCGCGGAAUCAACCGCCCCCCCCACGACCACCAGAGGGUCAGCCGCACCUGAGGACACCGCAACGACCAGAGAGAGCGGCGCGCCGCAAUCCUCAUCGCGACCGGCGCCGUCUCCGCCCGACACUCACCUGAUCUCUACCCAGAAGCCCUCUGUUCCCGCCACGACAUCGCCCCCAGCAGCCACCUCGGCCCAGACUACCGAGCAGGACCGGGUCCACCGCACCAGUCCGGGUGCGACGACGCCUCCGGCAAUGGCGUCGCUCCACACUUUGGAAACCACCAGACACACGGCAGAGGUGACGCCGCCCACGAGGACGUGCACACCGCCGUACGCGGUGAUCGUCGAUGAGUGCACGAAGUACAUCUGCGUCAACAACCAGCUGGUCCUGUUCAACAAAUCCCAGAGCUGCCCCUUCGCCCUGGGCCGCCCCAACUGCGGCCUGCUGGGCUUCGCCGUGCUGGUCAACGGAGACAAGUGCUGCCCCAAGUGGGAGUGUCCAUGUCGCUGCUCCAUGUUUCCGGAUCUGAACGUGAUCACGUUUGAUGGGAACAGCGUUGCCCUCUACAAGGCCGCCUCCUACAUCGUGACCCGGCUGCCCAACGAGACCGUCAGCGUCCUGGUUCAGGAGUGUCCCGCCGAGUCGGAGGCGGCGCUCCUGUGGAACUUCACCAGCCUGUGUCUGGUGGCGCUCAACAUCUCACACCAGUCCAACCACAUCAUCAUCAACCGGCUGCAGAGGAUGCUCUACGUCAACUCGCGCUACGCCAAACCUCGCUUCAAGAAGUUCGGCUUCGAGAUCUACGACACGGGCAACAUGUACCUGAUCCGCAGCCCGGCCGGCCUCAAGCUGCAGUGGUACCACAGCACCGGCAUGAUGGUGGUGGACACCGAUGUCUCCGGCAACAAGCUGCGCACCAUGGGCCUCUGUGGUUUCUGUGACGGGGACCCGACUAACGACCUGACUCUGGCCGACGGCACCACGGUGGGCGCCGGCGAGGAUCCGGACGUUUUCAUCGACAGCUGGCAGGUUCCCAACACCACCGGCUACGUCAGCCACGGGCGCCACCGCGAGCUCAACUGCUCCACCAGCGACUGCUCCGGCUGCCUGCUCAUGCUGCACAACGCCGCCUUCCGCCGCUGCCACGCCUUCGUCCCGCCGAGCACCUUCUGUGAGGUGUGGGUCCGAGAUGCGGAGUACGUCAACAACCAGUGUGUGGCGCUGGCCGCCUACGUGGCUUCGUGCCACAAGUUCAACGUCUGCAUCGAGUGGAGGAGGCCGGACUACUGCCCCUCCUCGUGCCCCGGGGCCCUCCGGUAUCGGGCCUGCCUGCCGGCCUGCACGUCUCAGUCCUGCCCCGACUACGACUUCGACUCGGACCCGGAGCAGUGCUCGGGCCUGACGGAGGGCUGCGAGUGCCCCGACGGGACGCUGCUCCACCGGCCGUACUCCGCCCUCUGCAUCCCGCCGGAGAAGUGUGCCUGCACCGACAGCGCCGGCGUCCCCCGUGCGCACGGCGAGGUGUGGAAGGCCUCCAAGGACGCCUGCUGCCUGUACCGCUGCGACCGCGACGCCGUCGUCCCCGUGGAGUCGGACUGCUCCGGCGCCGCGCCGCCGCCGUGCCGCCGCGCCGCCGAGGUGCUCAUCGGCCUGGCCGACGACAACAGCUGCUGCCCGCAGCAAGUCUGCGUGUGUAACCAGAGCCUGUGUGACUGGACCCCUCCGGACUGUAAAUACGGGGAGAAACUGGCGUCGUACUACAGACUGGACUCCUGCUGCCCGGACUACGCGUGUGAGUGUGACCCUGAACGCUGCGAGCCGGACCUCCUGUCCUGCAGAGACGACCAGACGCUCAUCAACACCAGAGCCGACGGCAGCUGCUGCCCCGCCCCCAUCUGCAUGUGUACUUCCUGUCCGGAGACGCCGCCGCUCUGCCGGGACGGCGAGGUGCUGACGGUGGACCCCAACACCACGGACCACUGCUGCCCCGCCUACCAGUGUGUGUGUGAGCCCUCCAGGUGUCCUGUACUUGUUUGUGCUGUUGGGAUGUCGGUGGCGUCCGUGUCCGGUCCCGCUUCGUGCUGUCAGAACCAAACAUGCGAGUGUUCCUGUGAAAACAUCUCCUCCCCAAAAUGUGGCCUGGGAGAAGCCGCCCAGCUGGACCGGGCCUUCCUGUCCGACCCUCAGAACCAGUGCUCCUGUAGGAGAUUCAAGUGUGUGCGCGAGGCGGUGUGUGUGUUCGGCGAGCGCGGCGUGCUGCGUCCGGGUCAGACGCUGGUGGAGCGCCACGGUGACGGCGUGUGUCUCAGCCGGCAGUGCAGCCGCAGCAUCGACCCGACGAGCGGCUUCAACCUGCUGCGCUCCAACAGCAUCAACUGCUCCGCCCACUGCCAGCCAAACCAGGUCUACGUCCCUCCGAAGGACCAGACGGCGUGCUGCGGAGUGUGUCGGAACAUUUCCUGCCUCCACGAACACGAGAACGGGACGACGCUUCUCUACAAGCCGGGGAAGUCCUGGGUAUCAAACUGUGUGAAGUUUUCCUGCACUGAGACUCGUUCUGGACCGACGCUCAUCUCCUCCUCCUACAGCUGCCCCCCGUUCAACGAGACGGAGUGUGUGAAGAUCGGAGGAACCGUCGUGAGUUACAUGGACGAAUGCUGCAAGACGUGCAAAGAAGACGGGAAGUCGUGCCAGAAGGUGACGGUGAGGAUGACGAUCCGGAAGAACGACUGCCGCAGCAACCGGCCGGUGAACAUCGUGUCGUGUGACGGGAAGUGUCCGUCCGCCAGCAUCUACAACUACAACAUCAACACGUACGCCCGCUUCUGCAAAUGCUGCCGCGAGACGGGGCUGCAGCGGCGCUCCGUGCAGCUCUACUGCAGCGGCAACGCCACCUGGGUGGGCUACGGCAUCCAGGAGCCCACCGACUGCUCCUGCCAGUGGUCCUAGACACACACACACACACACACACACACGUCAGCCGGGAUGCUUUAGGGAGUUUGGAGAGUGGAAUACUGAGCUCCGAUUGGCCGGACUGCGUGAGUGAGUUGUUCUGCUGCCUCUGCUGGCAAGGAGGUGGUACUGUGCGGCACUGAAGGUGACCUUUGACCUCUGACAUCUGCUAUAGAGUCACACACACACAAAACGUACUUCUGACGUCACUACAGCGUGAUUUUUGUCAAUGUUUUUUUGUUUAGGAGAAUGUUGAUUCAUCCGAAUAUAAACACAGUUAAAUGUAUUAAAGGUUUCACUUUGUAAUCGUUCUGUUCUUACGGCCUGAUUUUAAAUGACAAGUUACAACAGGGGAACUCCACGGUCGUCUUUCUGUGCUCUAAUAUGUCAAAUGAUAUGAGGUAAAACACUUAAUACGCAUCGACAAGGAACUCACUGACGUCAACUCAUGUCCGUCAGCACGUUGAAGAUCUAAUUCAUCUUUAUUGGAGAAAUGUCGCGGGCAAAAUGUUUGUGUAUGAAUUUGUAAAAUCACGAAUUGGAGCGCAGAAAUAAAUGUCAGAAUCCACAACUCCAGUAGAUUUAUUCUCCACUGUGUGAAAAACAACUCACAGGCCGUUUAUUGAAGUAUAAUAACUCGUCUCUGCCGCCUCCCUGUCAGCCGGCACAGAGGAAGAGAGUCUUCAGUUGUUCAUGAACGGAAAGAUUUUAAGAUCUGUGUCAAAAACAUGAGAAAAAAUGACAAUCAGGAAACGACUCGCUUCAGUCCGUCGUCGAUGUUUUGGAAAAUCACAAAUUACCCAGAAUUCCUCACGAUGUGCCUUGUUUUGUAAAUAACUUUUAACAUUUUUUUCAGAUUCUUAGAUAUUUCUCUUUUUUAGAAGGAUAAUAAACUGUAUAUUCAGUGAUGUUGGCUUAAUAUAAUCAAUGUAGAGGUGUAGCAACUGAUUUACAUCCAGCUAUACGGGGAGCACUUUAUUUAUUUAUUGGAGUUUGAUAGAGAACAAACGUUCUGAUAUUUAUGGACGACAACGCAGA